GAAAGCAACAGCUGGGAAAAUCCAUCAAGCUAUAAAGACGAUCUUCCUCCCUCCCUCCCUCGCUCUUCCUUUAUCUCACUCUACAACCUCAUCCUUUCCGAUUCUUCCUCUUCUCGACCGGCCGCCCUCCAACUACCACUGCAAACAUGACUAGCGAGGGAGAGAAGACUUGUCCUCUUUGCGCGGAGGAGAUGGAUUUGACCGAUCAGCAAUUGAAGCCGUGCAAAUGUGGUUAUGAGAUCUGUGUUUGGUGCUGGCAUCACCUGAUGGACAUGGCUGAAAAGGAUGAGACAGAAGGGCGGUGCCCAGCGUGCCGCAUUCCCUAUAACAAGGAAAAGAUUGUGGGGAUGACAUCAAAUUGUGAAAGGUUGGUUGCUGAAAUGAAUAUGGAGAAGAAAGUGAAGUCGCAAAAGACUAAAAGUAAAACAUUGGACGGAAGAAAGCAUCUUAGCAAUGUGCGAGUGAUUCAACGGAAUCUCGUCUACAUUGUGGGAUUACCUCUUGAUCUGGUAGAUGAAGAUCUCCUCCAGGGGAGAGAGUAUUUUGGUCAGUAUGGAAAGGUGCUGAAGGUGUCUAUAUCUCGGACAGCAGCUGGAUCUAUCCAACAAUUUGCAAACAAUACUUGUAGUGUUUAUAUUACUUACUCAAAGGAGGAGGAAGCGGUUUGUUGUAUUCAAUCAGUACAUGGGUUUGUCUUGGAUGGUAGUUGUUUGAGGGCAUGUUUUGGAACCACUAAGUAUUGUCAUGCUUGGCUGAGAAAUAUGCCUUGCAGCAAUCCUGAUUGUUUAUAUUUGCACGAGAUUGGCACACAAGAGGAUAGUUUCACCAAGGAUGAAAUAAUAUCGGCGUACACAAGGAGUAGAGUACAACAAAUUACUGGUGCCACAAUUAACAUGCAACGGCGUUCAGGGAAUGUUUUACCACCCCCGGCAGAUGAGUACUACAUUAAUGGCUCCGCUACCUCAGAAAAACCUAUUACUAAAAGUGCUUCAAAUAAUCCAGCAAGCAGUGUUAGAGGUUCUCCACCGAAUAGUAGCUCCGGCCAAUCUGCUCCUCUUCCUUCCGCAGCCUCAUGGGGACCGCGUGCGUCUAAUUGCCACCAGCCACCUUCAAUUUUAGUUUGUGCAAAUGGACCUUCAAAACAGAAGCCUGAAGCAUACAGUGGUUCAACCGCAGUUGCAAGCUCAACUCAGGUUCCUCUAUUGAAUGAUGAUGCUAGAAAGAAGCUUAUUUCUCACGAAGAACGCCAAAAGAUUCUGCAUAGUGGUAAAAAGGAAGCUCUGGAACCUGAUAGACAGUUGGGUAUAGCUCCAACAACUGCUUCAGAGGGACUGCCUGUUACUUCAACUUUGAAUGGUCAGUUACAUUCUCUUCCAGCAUCAGAGGACAAAGAUGGAUGCAUUGGCACAGCACCCUAUGUUACGAAUUUGUUUGACCGUUCUGGGAGGUCAAAUGGCCAUGUUGCAGAUAAAGACCAUAAUGUUUUCUCUAAUGGAAAUAUUCAGAACUCAUUGUCACGUAUCGAACAAUUAAACGUUGGUAAUCGUCACAGCUGUCAUCAUUCUGGGGAUACCAGGCCUAACUGUUCACAUUCUGAUAAUACUUUGGUUAGUGCACUGCCGAAGUCUCCUCAUAUUUCUGUUGCGAGGGAACACUCAGAUCGGAUAUUAAAUCCUGUUACCAGAGAAGAGUCUGAUUGGAGAUCAGAUUCCCAUGCUCAGGUAGCAGACAUACAUUCACAAUUUGUAUCUCCUGAAGUGCUAGGGGAUUCACGGUACUUUGAUGAUCAGAGAUUCAAGGACCCAGAGGUUUUAAGUCGCACAAGAUACUUAAGUAAUUCAUCUCCCUCCUCUUGUCUCUCUAAUCAUUCCAGGUCUUAUUCUUCUCAGCAAAAGGACUCUUAUGGCUCAACGAGUUUCAAAGUAGAUCCUCAAAUUUCAGAUGACAAAAAUGACAAAGGUUCGCUGCUGCACACAUCUGAUGUUCCAAUAGCACUUAAUAGAUUCCCUGAGGAUAUAAUUAGUAGUUCUCUUGAUCCGGAGAGGACAGUUGACGAUUCCUAUUGGCUUCCACUUGAACCAAAAAAGAAGCAUGUUGGGAGAUUUGAAGGCGAAGCAGUCAAUGCUGACCAAAACACCGCUACGGGUAUGGGAGAGAGCAGCAUAAUCUCCAAUAUUUUGUCCAUGGACUUCGAUUCAUGGGAAGAGUCGUUAACAUCUCCUCAGAAUUUGGCUAAGUUGUUGGGUGAAGAUGAUAGACAUCUAGGAUCUCUUAAAUUGUCAAGUUGCUGGAAAGUACAAAACAGCAAUCAAUCUAGGUUCUCUUUUGCGAGACUAGAGGAAGGAAGAAAUCAAGUGUCCGAUGUUGAACCAUCUUCCAGUAACAUUGGGCUAGUGCUGAAGGACCGUCCAUUAAGCCAUGAUUUUCCCAAGCAUGGUGAUCAUAAUGGUUCCUCUACAUGUAACAUUGAGGAAUCGGAUAAUUUUGCUAGCAGUCACUCUCAUAUAUCUUCCAACAAGCUUUUUGUUUCAAGAGCUCAAAUUUCUGCCCCUCCUGGAUUUUCUGGACCCAGCAGAGCACCACCCCCAGGAUUUACUGAGAGAAUGGAACCAACUUUUGAUGCAAUGUCUGGAAAUCAUUUUCUAGAUCCAUCCUCUUUAUUGAGAAACCCAUAUCAGGUACCGACAACAGAAAAUAUUACCGGGGAUCUAGAGUUUAUGGAUCCUGCUAUUUUGGCAGUAGGUAAGGGGAGACUUCCACCUGGGCUUAAUAGUGCUGCGGGCUUAGAAGCGAGACCAAACUAUGCUUCACAGUUAAAUGCCUUUGGAAAUGAGGCUAGUUCACAGUUCUUGAUUCCAAGGUCUUUUCCUCCGCUACAGAACCAGAGAUUUUCUGACAUGGGGAAUGGUUUUUCUCCACUUAGUGAUGCAUACAGAAGCCCUUCACGGAUUAUGGAGCAAACACAAACCAACACCUUAUCCCCAUUUGCACAACACCCUCUUCAACAGUCUAGAACUGCACCGAUGGUGAAUGGUCAAUGGGGUCGUUGGAAUGAGGUUCAGAAUGGGAAUGAUCUGGGUAUGGCAGAACUCCUAAGAACUGAGGUAUUAGGACUUAACAAGAUCCACACUGGUUAUGAGGAUUCAAAGUUCCGGAUGCCCAGUUCAGGUGAUCUAUACAACAGACCAUAUGGGAGUUGAUGUGCUGUGGACUUAUUUGCCUUGGCUUAUAUCGGUGCUAAACUGAGGAACAGAACAUACAUGUGGAAAUCGAUGUCCUGGCUUGAGAGAGAAGAAACUGUCUCCUAGUCGUUCUGACUUCAGGGAUUGCAGAUUGGUAAAGGCAUGAAAUCGUCUGAAAACUGGUUGCCAGAAACCUGCAGGUAUGCUACUAUGCUUGAACCCCUUUUUUCCCUGUUUUUAUGCAUGUCGUGAACGUCAUAAGGAACUCGUUCGCCGUGUUUAUGUGAGUGGUGAAUGGCAUGGUGCCGAUUAGGUCAAUUCGAUGAAUGGAGUUGCAAAUCUUUGCCUCUCCAUCUUUGUCAUGCUAAGGCCAUUCACUAUUAGUUAUGUCAGUCUGGAUUUUUGGUGUUGCAGAGAUAAAGCUGCUUCUUCUCUUUACAUCAGUUUUUGCUUCAUUCUUUUUUCUGUUGGUUGCAGGAGUAAGCUGAGGUCCAGGUUUUUGCUGCAAAUGGUUGAUACACAAGUGAUGUCUACAGUCAGAUUAGCUGGUUGUCCUCUCCAGACGUUGAGCGUCUUGCUCCUGCUUAAGGAAAAAGAUAAUCAGGGGGAUGAAGUAAUUAACAGAUAAAACUUGAAAUAAUUUUGUUUUUGUUUUAUCUUUCGGGCGACGACUAUGGGCUGUACUGCAAGUGGCAAUAAGAUCAAUUGUGUUAAUGGUUCAAGUAAAUUUUAUUUUUGCGCCUCUACAUCUAGGCUCUAGCACUGGGUAGACCUUUACGAACGUCGUAGCUGAUAUUUGGCCUUUCUUUUUUGGCUUUUAACUUAACCUAUGAUCGCGUGUGUUCUAAUUAGUUGGCUGUUAUAUCAUGUGGAGGAGUGAAAUAAAAUAAGCUGUACUGGUGGCUCUUUGGUUGAUAUAUCAAUUGUAGUUGGGUAAA